AAGUGGAUGUCUUAUAGAAAUUCUGAAAGUUAUCGAGUGGUCUUCCAAAACAUUUACUUAUACAUCGUUAUAACAGUCUGUUUGCGUGUGUGCCUUAGGCUAUUUGCGAAGAACUUUGUUUUCUGAAUGUGUUGAAUAUGCAGUCAGUCACAGACAGUAUCAAGGCGCUGUAUAAUCAUCUCCCGGCUGUCAUUCCAGAACGGAUCAAAGAGGUGGAAACGGUGGUUAUUCGCGAGAGUACCAUGGCCUUGGCAGGCAGAAACUUCGUGAGAUUGGCGGGGUUGUCAGGUUCGAUGGCGGUAUGCAUGGCUGCAUACGGAGCACAUGGUAUGAGCCAAGCCGAGGAAAAGAAGAAGAAGAUUUUUGACAUCGCCAGUAACUUUCACCUGAUCCAUUCUGUGGCUUUGUUAGGGACGCCAUUAUGUAGCCGUCCUUUAUUGGUAGGAAGUUUGAUGACUAUGGGUACAGUUGUAUUCUGUGGCAGCUGUUAUGUAUACUCACUUACAGGAUAUGACCGAAUACGAUAUGCAACACCGUACGGUGGAAUGAUGUUGAUCCUCGCAUGGUUUCUAAUGGUACUGUAAUGUACAAAGUCGCGGAAACAGCUGUUGUUCAAGGAGUAAAAUACUUGAACUACAAACUACAGAGUGAACAAUAAUGUGCAGAGUUAUACUAUAACAUAUAUCUGAUGUACUAUAACACAUAUCUGAUGUGUAUGUAUAUAAAGUUUGUGAUAUUAUGCUGUGAAGGAUCACAGAUUGUUGGACAGUUUAUUGACUCAGUCAAUUAACACUGUUACAGAGUUAUCUUAUAAAACAUUUUGUACGAAACGAUCUCACUUUUUAUGCUUAACAUCUAAUAUUUUUUUGAUUGAUGAUAACAAAUAACAUAAUACCAACCGAUGAUUCCAAACUCCAAUAAUUACAAGAUGAGAACAUUUUCUACAAUUGUUUGUUUACCCUGAAAAACAUCAGUCAGAGGUGACUUAUCAUUGUUCAAAUGGAAAUACAAAAAUAUGUAUCAAUUUCUGUUCAGACAAAUUGCUUAUUGUGUUUUACCACAUUUGUGUACCAGACGUAAUCAUGAUUUAUGUUGUUUUCAUUGAUAUAUUGUAUUAACGAGAGAAUCGGUGAUGAGAUGGGAAUGUGACAGUCGUUUUAAUAAAAAGGUUUUAUUCU